AUGUAUAGAAGCCUCGAGAAUGAGGAUGAUCUUUCAUCUCGGAUAGAUGAAAGUGUGGCGAGUAGCGAUGGCUCAAAGUUUAGUCGUUUCAAUAAAAAAUUAUUCUCGGCAGCUACUCGCUUACUCACUUCUCUUCUGUCAUGUUAUCCUAGAAGUAAAGAGAGAGAGCCAUCACCUACCAUUAAAGAAAAGCAAUUAAGCCUCGAAGAUUUGCCUAAUGAGAUCAUUCUACUUAUAAUUUCCAAAUGUGAUUUUUCUUCAAAAAUGAAUAUGCGCGCUGUGAACAGACGGUUUCAACACAUUGUGGAUGAUUAUGCUCAUUAUCUUGUUCGCCGGAAUCUUAUUGGAGGAAUAGAAAUUCGCGAUGUUUCUCCAAACUCUUUCGAAGAUGCUUCGUCGACACUGACAAAUGCGGAAAAUGUGAGUCUGACUCUUCGACGUCCAUUAAAACGAAUCGAACUUCUGCUUCCGGCAGCGAGGCUGAAGAACAUUAUGCGCCAUGUUUGUGUAUGUCAUUCUCUCAAUUUAAGGGGAGUUUAUCUAGAUGAAAUAUUGGCAUCCGGUAUUUUGAACGCUUCUUUCCGUGCCAUCAGUGAUGUCAUUGUCGAUCGCGUACAUUCCGUUACAGCUGAUACAUUGACGAAACUUAUUAGAAAAGCUUAUCCCACAAAUCUACUUUUAAUUCAAAAUCACACUUCAGCUGAAUCAACAGAUGUAAUAGUGCCUGAACUACUUAAUGCUUGUCCUGCUCGUGAGAUUAAUAUUGCUUCAAGUAUUUCAAUGAUCCAUUCGUCUUUUGAUGAUUGUUCUCUGGUUAGGUUAGUGCUAUCGGACGUUGUCGUUCGCCGGGUCAUACGACUACCCUUAUGUGCCAUAACUCAUCAUGGCAUCAAACGAGCUGCUGUGGAAUUUUAUAAAAGGUGUUGUGAGUUGAUAGGAGAAACCACGGACGAUAUGCACUCACCUGUGUGGGAAGUUUCCGUCUCUCUACCUCGUUCUUCGCUCAUAGAUCGAAAUCAAAUUAACAUACCGGAAGACAUGAAAGAACAAUGCACUAUAUGGGGAUAUCUUCCUCCGCACCGAGAUAGUUUUACUGUAGAGGUCAGAGUUGAGCUUAUGAAUUUGCGAAUUUUGGUGGAAACGAAAGCUUAA